AUGGUCCCGGAUCUGAUGCGACUUCAUAUAACACCAUUCAACCCCGACCUCUCGAAAGUUGUUGUAGGGCCACAUCUGCUAGACGUGGUCUCCAACAUCUCCUACCAUAGCAUCCAGACCUUUCCCGAGAACAACUACGGGUAUAUCGAACUCCCUAGGAUGGAAGGUGAAAGACUCAAGAAAAAGCUUCAUGGAGCAAUCCUGAAAGGAAAGAAGAUAAAGGUUGAAGAAGCGCGGCCGAAGAAGCGUAGGCGCAUCGAAGAAUCCGAAGAAGAGACAGUAAGAGAGGGACCUAAGGGUAUUGACCCAUUGAAGGCGAAGAAGGCGAAGAAGGCGAAACAGGAACACAGUGUCGUUGCAGGACAUGAGUUGCCAACAGGCCGCAAAGUCAAGCGUGGAUGGACGGAGGCACGGUCUACGAGGUCAAGCAAGAAGGACAAGCCGAAAACACAAUCAACAACCUCGAAAUAUACAGACAAGGACGAACUCCUGUUCCGCACAAAAUUGCCCAGCAACAAAUCUGAUCUGGGAGUGACGAAGAAAGAAAAGGGCAGGCCAAAAAGGCAGAAGAGUGGAGACCACACAGUUCACGAGUUCGAGAAGUCAACCCUACAACCUUCGUUCCUCAAACAGGAGGUGGGCUUGGGCAUUAAGGGUAACCUGCAAUAUGCUGAGGGCCAGGGUUGGCUAGAUGAGACCGGCCAGGUGGUUGAGAAGGAGAAGCCGGGCACUGCUAAGCUGCGUGAGUUAGCCGAACCACGGCCUCGAUCAAAGCGCAUACUUGCCAAAACAUCGAAUCAAUCUUCGACGACAUCUUCGUCUUCAUCAGACCAAGACGAGUCUCAUGAAGCGGAAGAGGUCGCCAAACCGGCUAAGGUCGACUCCGAUGUUGACACAAGUAGUUCAGGGUCCUCUUGGAUUUCAGAAUCAGAAGAAACAAACGAGACCACUUCACCACGGCCAGCAUCGGACUUUGCGGGGACAGGUGGAGGGCCAGAAGUGCAUCCUCUGGAAGCCCUUUUCAAGAAACCCCACAAACCCGCCUCGCAAGAUGUUGCAAAGCCAUCGUUAGAGAUUUCGACGUCAUUCUCUUUUUUCGAUGCCGAGAAUGCUGACGAUGUCGAUGAAGAGGAGGUCGUCCCACUGACACCGUUCAGCUCCCAGGAGUACCGUUCGAGGGGUCUCCGCAGCGCCGCCCCAACGCCCGACACCGCUCAUCCCAGCAGAUUUAACAGUUAUGGCAGUUCAGGACUACCAGGAGAUGAGGACAUGGAGGAAGAUGAAGAACGCCGAACACAAGGACCGACAUCCAUGGCUAAGGAACAACCCGUUGAGACGCCUUCACGUACUCAAAGCGAGUUUGAGAAGAAGUUUUGGGAGAAUCGAGCUGAGAACAAUCGAGCUUGGAAGCUGCGACGAAGGACUGUGCUUAAGGAGAAACGCCAGCGGGAAAACAAGGCACGAAAACCGCAAAAUUGGUAG